UACGGCGAAUUUAGGAUUCGGCGCGACGAAAUUGGGUAGUUUUUUGCUGCACUUGCUAAAAUAUAUGUACACAUAUGUAUAUGUAUUGCAUAUUCAAGAAAAAAUGGAAUUGUCAAGUAAAUUACAAGCUAGCGGAUGGCAUUUCACCGAUAAUGGAAUAAAGUCAUUACAAAGCGUCGUCAGCGACGCCUCCGACCCAAGCAAAAUAAUUGAAGUUGCAAUAAAUCGUGACUUGCGUGAGUUUGGUGGCGGCGCAUUACCUAUCAAAAAGGACGAAGGCUCUGGCGUGAUUCCAGGUCGAAUCGUUCUGCAAGUGCAAAGAGUUCGAAACAUAGCGGCUCCGAAGAGCAAUGAAGAGUCGAAGGUUGCGCCCCGGCUUUUGCAAGUGGAGCUUAGCGAUGGGCAAACCGUAUUGCAGGCCCUUGAAUUGGAACACGUGCCAGCGCUCAACGUAAACAUGGCGCCUGGCACAAAGAUUUACUUUCACGCUGAGAAGCUUCAACUGCUGCAAGGCUUUCUGCUUUUGCGAAGCAACGAACUUAAAUUAUUGGGUGGACGGGUGGAUGCACUAUACGAGAAAUGGGACUUUGCCCGCACUAUGCUGAAAUAUGCUCGCAGCGGACGUCCACUUACUGGAUCGUCUGCUCCACCGCCGUGGGUGACUUUUGGUAAGAGCAUCGAUGCGGAUGCUGAUCGCAAUUUCAAAAGCCUUGCAUCGGCUGCAGACAAGGACAAAGACAAGCCUAGCAAGGAAAACGACGACUUUAACAAUAUGCGAAGCGAAGCAAUCGCAAUGGCAAGCAAGGCGGCUGUUAAGAAGGUCUUUGGAGGCGGGGGUCAAAAUAUUGUGGACCACAACAUAAAGAAAAUUCUGGAGAAAGGAUACAGUAAAGAAGAGGCCAAGGCUGCGUUACAAGCGACGCGCAACAAUUUGGAGAGAGCUCUCUUUAAUUUGAAGAGACGAAAGGAUGCGGCAGACCAUUCAAACGAAACGCACUUUCGCGGCAGUCGAGGCGAUGGCGGACGCAGGGAGAGUAAGCGUGGCGCCUGCCUAAAAGAUGAGGCCGAAGCGGCAAAACCUGCAGCAAAUGCCACACUUUUCGAUUUUCUUACUACCAAGCUACGCGCGGAUCAGGCAACCGUCGAUAUAAGCGGGGAGCACGUGAAAGCUAGAUCCAAUGUCGACAAGGCGUUGGACAUUCAAUACGAAAGUGAUUAUAAAGCAGCAGUGGCUGUGUCUUUGGCUGAGAGCAAAUCUCAAAGUGUGGCCGAGCGCACACGCUUUGAAAACAAUGUUUCGAGCAGUUUUGCUGCCAAUCGUGGCGGUCAUUCUAGCCGGCCUCAAAGGGGCGGCACACGCAGUCGGGCUGGCCGCGAAGAGCGUUCGUCUCGUGGUGUCGGUAGUGGCAGCAGCUUCUACGAUCGAGGCGGAGCUGCGGGUAGUGGAGGCGCGCGCAAGCCCGAUGCCAAUGCACGUGCAACUGAGCAACCGCAUGCUAAAAUCUCCAUCCGCAAUGGCCAUGACUCCAAUCCCGCGCCCAGCAAAGGCAAUAUUGAAACAAGUAAGCCAGAGAGCUCUGCAAAGGAUCCAGGAAUCAAUCGUCGGACCAACGAGCGCCAAAGCAAUCGCAAUGGCAGCACUCGCACUGAGAAUGGAACUGCCGGCAGCAACAACAACAGCCACAAUAGGCGUCGUACGCAAGGGAAUGGAGCAGCAGGCAUUGCUCCUCCGCCUACCAAGACCAGCAAUCCUUUUACCAAUCACACCGAUGAAUAUAAUAAUAAGGUCAUAACAGAGACAACCAACUUGAAGCUAGGCAGCUCGAAACGAGAACAUCGACGCAGUACCAGACAAAGUGCAGGUCAAUCCACCCGACAGCCUUCUGAGCCUCAAAGCAGUUUACCUCAGGCCCGAAAAUCCGUUGAGAAGAGCAAUCCAGCUCCACGGCAGCAGAAACUUCAGCAGGAGAAUACACGACAGCCCACGAAUGCUAAUUGCACUCAAUUGCCAAAUGGUUACACUUAUGAUCCCAGCAAGAUAAUGGGCUUUCAAACCAAGGAAGCGAAUGAGUUUGCCAUGAGCCUUUUGAAGAGUCAAGGAUUGAGUAUUGCUUCUCCCCCAAAUGCGCAUACCCCGGCUCAGGGUCAGUGGGCAAGUCAGCAACCAAAUAACGUCUCUUCAGCUGAAGUAGAGCCAACUGCUUGUCUUGCGCCACAGCCAACGGCAGUUGUGGCCCCAGCAAUGUCAUCGCCGCCUAAAAGUUUCGAUCUGGCUGUUCCAUUAGAUCCCUGGCAGUGGAAGAGUGGCGAUUUAUGCAUGGCCAAGUAUUGGGACGAUGGGCGCUACUACGAAGCUGAAAUCACAGCUGUCUCGGAAAAUACUUGCGUGGUGCUCUUCAUCGGCUAUGGCAACCAUGAGGAAGUAUUGAAAUCUGAUAUUCUGCCCAUCACGGACGCCCAGAACAGGCCCCUAACAAGCCUGUCCCAGACGCAGCAGCCCCAAUCGCGCCAUCGGACCGAUCGUCAGACUGUGCAACAACAGGUGUAUGUUCCACCUCACAAAAGGGAAUAUUAAGGGAAUCGCCAAGAGCGCUGUCUGUCUAAACUUAUUCACAACUAAAUUAAAUGCGUCGA